AUGGCUCGACGUCAAUUGAGUGUGAAUGAGAAGACAUGGAUUGUCAAACAUAUGUAUCGUAUUGAAUAUCCAAUAAAUGUUCAAAGAUUAUGGUGUAAGGAAAUAAAUAAUAAUCCUCCACAUCGUAAUGCGAUAAGAGCAUUGAUGAAAAAAUUUGAACAAACUGGUUCCGUACUCGAUAUUGGACCACCUGGUAGACCUGUAUCAGUUACUGACCAAGCUGCAAAAGACGAAGUUUCGUCAGCUUUGCAAAAAGAACCUCGAACGUCGAUUCGUAAAAUGAGUACAGAUUUAAGUAUUUCAAGAUCUUCAGUUCGACGUAUUUACAAGUCUAUGGGCUUUAAGCCAUAUAUUCCCAGAUUAGUUCAUGAACUCAAUGAAGAUGAUUUCGAUCGACGAAUUGAAUAUUGUGAAACAUUUUUAUCGCUCCUCGAAACCGAACCGGAUCUUAUUCAUCAUAUCAUUUGGUCUGAUGAAACAUUAUUCAAACUCAAUGGACAUAUUAAUCGUCAUAAUUCUGUCUAUUGGGCAAUAGAAAAUCCAAAUCUUACAUGGGAGCAAACUAUGCAAACUGAAGGUGUUACUGUAUGGGCUGGUCUAUCCUCUCAAGGUGUAAUCGGGCCUUAUUUCUUCGAUGGCACGGUGACUAGUCAAAGUUACAUCGAAAUGUUGAGUGAUUAUUUCUAUCCAUUGUUUUGUGAUUUACCUAAUAGUGAAUCUUUUUUUUUCAUGCACGAUGGCGCGCCAGCACACUAUGGAUCCAAUGUUCGAGAUUGGUUAGACGAAAAUUUUCCAGCAAGGUGGAUUGGUCGUCGUGGUGCGCUUGAUUGGCCUGCUCGAUCGCCUGAUCUUACUCCUGCUGAUUAUUUUUUGUGGGGUUAUCUGAAAGAUAUUGUUUACCAAAAGAAGCAUCGAACCUUAUCCAGUCUCAAACAAUCAAUUAUUUCAGCUUUUUCAGCAAUAGAUUCAGAUCUGUGCAAGAAAGUUUGUGAAUCAGUGCCAGAAAGACUUCAGAAGUGCAUCGAUGCUGAUGGGCGUCAAUUCGAACAUUUGAAUUAA